UGACUGGCCGGCUAGCAUGCUAACCCGCCUUUGGCGAGGCAAGUGAAAUGUAUUUGGAAUCAUUCGCAUUACAUAGACAAGGUAACGCGAUGUGCAUUUCAAAACCAAGAGCGGAAGACAUUUAAAAAGCAAGUAGUCGAGUUUGUCGUCCAAAGUUAAGCCCGUCUCCUAAAAUGACUGAUUUUCUUUUUCUCGCACCUUGGCACAAUUGAGGGUACAAUCGGAUUUAGUAAACCUUAACCUCAGUUUAGUAAUCCGUUCCCUCAAUUUUCCAAUCUGUACCCUCAGUCUAGUCAAAUGUCUGGGGCUCCGUAUACCAGCGUAUCUGUAUCUGUCAAGUCAAUUCGAUUUGGAUGUUAUAUUCCUCCUGGUGUGAAUUCUGUGAAUAAAUUGUCAUGUCGUGAUAUAGCCUACAUCCCGGUUUUUGUUUUUCAACUGAGAGGCAAUAAUAAUGCUGCGGUUCGAGGGGGUUGAUCGAUAUGUAGGACUACUAGCAGGAUCGGCUAGAAUUGUUUCCUUUCGCUUUCCGUGCUUUGAAGCAUUCGCUCUAUCAUGACAACCUUUUUAUCCCCGACAUAUUUUGACUUUAGUGUGGUCUUUUCUGGCGCGUAGCUGCCACCAACGGGGUCCGUCCUAGUUGAGUUGAGUCCUCGCCCGAGAAGUUCGCAAACAGACAAAUGCGUCUGUGAUGGAUCGAUCAAGCAAUGCAUACAGAGCCCCAGACAUUUGCUUAACCGAGGGAACAGAUGAUCAAUUGAUUAGAUUUUUCUCAUACCUCGGCACCAGGGGGGCUCCUCCGUACAUUAGAGAAUGCACGUUAGCAAAUAACCUCGGGUCAUAUUUAUCUUUAUUGACCCAAAGUAACAUCACCCUGGUUCAGACCAAGACCACUUUUAUCAUAUACUGAAGGCAUAAAUUAUAUUUGCUCAAGGAAAUAAAUGUUGUCUUUUUUGUCUCCCCCCCCCCAAGUGAUGCAGUUCUCGUCAGCUAUUGCUUGUUGUAAAAGUUGGCAGCGGUGUUGUUUGUGUAAGCAAUGCACAUCGACUGGGAUGCACUUUGAACUACGAAAGCCGCACAAAAAAGUAUUUUUUAAAUCAGCCUGACAAUUCCAAGGUUAGUUGCCCAGCUGUUUUAGAAAUCAACCCAAUAAUUAGGGCUGCACAAUUACGGCUCAAAUAAUUGGAUCAAUAUUGUAAUCGCGAUAGUCACAUGAUGAUGUAGUGGUACAUUCGUCUGACAUUGGUGAGUGCAGCGGGGUCAGUUCCCACUCGGUGUCGGUGUGAAUGCGAGUCUGAAUGCUUGUCUGUCUCUCUAUGUGCCCUGCGACUGACUGGCGACCAGUUCGGGGUGUAGUCCGCCUUUCGCCCGGAGUCAGCUGGGAUAGGCUCCGGCGCCCCGUAACCCUGAAUAGGAUAGAAGUGCUGGAGACGAUGGGGGUAAUGAUGAUAAUUAAUCACAGUUAUCAUGUUAGGGAAAACAUCUGUCUUUUUAUUGCACUACUUUUUAACAAACUAUAUACAGUGCAAAUAUUUUCAUUGCAAAAUGAAACUUUCCAACAAAUGAAGGAUCAUUUUAGAAUAAAUAAUAAUAAUGGAAAAAAACCUCAAAUGAACAAGGGCUCACUGAAUCAAUAUGCAAUUGUCACUGAAACGAGUCCAAACAACGCAUGUCCACCCCUCUUGAGGCAGCCACGAUGCUCGGCAUGACUCGCUCUCAUCAGUCCACCCAGCGAUUUUAGGAUCCGCUUCGGGGUGCGCUCGCUUCUCAUUUAGGCAGCUUAAGAAAGCCUUUAGUAUGCGUUCGCCCCCUAGUGGUUGACGCAACUCGCUUGGGGAAGCGCUCGAUGAGAUGUGCGGGACAGCUCGCGUUUUAAAGGUCAAUAUUGCUGAAGAUCGGGUUAAUUUAAUCGCGCCAGCCAAAGUCGUGGAUCACAAUUAAAAUCCGAUAAAUUUUUGCAGCCCCGCUAAUCAUAAACAUGAACCAUAAGAAAUGGGAUCAAAUACAAAAGCUGUGAACUCGCAUUUCUCCAGCAAACGUACAAUGUUAAUGCACCCGUGGCGUGGAGCCGCACCGCGUUGAAUAAUGCAGCAGCAGUCGUCGGCAGAGUUGUUCCGUAGAGUCUGCAGUCAAGUUUGAGCGGCGCUGUCAUCACCGGACGCUGCGGCGGUCCGCUUCCUCUUCUGGCGUUGUCGUUUCGUGGCAAGGCGCUUCCCUUUUGUGCUGUUGUGGCUCGCGUGUCUCAGCUGUCACUUUGUGCUAGCGUAGCCGCGAGGCAACAGGUGAUUACACAGAAAACAACUGAACUCACAACGCGAGUCUGCUAGGAUCCGGCUGCAUGGAGUACGAGCCUGGCAUCGUGUCGCCCUUCAAGCGGGUCUUCCUGAAGGGCGAAAAGGGACGGGACAAGAAGGCGCAGGAGAAGUCCGCAGCGCGCCGGGCCCUCCACACCGUCUCUCUCCCGCAACCCGACCACCGCAUCGACCCCGACAUUCUGCUCAAUGAUUACAUCGAGAAGGAAGUCAAAUAUUUGGGCCAGCUGACAUCAGUGCCAGGAUACUUGAACCCAUCGAGCAGGACAGAAGUCCUGCAGCUCAUUGACAAUGCGAGAAAGUCUCAUCAAUUGGCGGGCCAGCUGACGUCUGAGCAGGACGCCGUCGUGAGCUUGUCGGCGUACAACGUCAAGCUGGUGUGGCGAGACGGCGAGGGCAUCAUCCUGAGGGUGCCCAUCCACGACAUCGCCGCCGUCUCUUACAUCCGGGACGACUCUUUGCACCUCGUCGUCAUCAAGACGGCCCAGGAAUCCGGAGGCUCUCCCUGCCCCAGCUCCUGUCCCGAUCUCAACAAAUCUCAGACGCUGAGCUCCUUGUCGGAGAGCGGGGCCGUGCUGAUGGAGGUGUGCUGUCUGCUCGUCCUCGCCGUCGACAACAAGGCAGCAGCAGAGGAGUUGUGCCUUCUGCUCAGCCAAGUCUUUCAGAUCGUCUACACCGAGUCCACCAUCGACUUCUUGGACAGAGCCAUCUUUGACGGUGCCACCACACCCACAAGACAUCUUUCCCUCUACAGCGAGGACUCGUCAAGCAAAGCGGACAUUAAAGAGUCGUUUGAAGGCGAGGCCGGCCCUUUUCCAUUCCAGGUGCCAAUGGAAGCAGACGGCAACUCCCCGUCGGCUUCCGGCCCCGCCUCCCCCCAGGUCAAGGCGGCGAGCGAAGGGGAGCUCAGCGCCACAGCUGCCGAGCUGCUCCAGGACUACAUGACCACGCUGCGCACAAAGCUGUCGUCCCAGGAGAUCCAGCAAUUUGCUGCGCUGCUGCACGAGUACCGUAACGGCUCCUCUAUCCACGAGUUUUGCAUUAACCUGCGGCAGCUCUACGGGGACAGCAGGAAGUUUCUACUGCUCGGCCUGCGUCCCUUCAUCCCAGAGAAGGACAGCCAGCACUUCGAGAACUUCCUGGAGACCAUCGGCGUCAAGGACGGCCGCGGCAUCAUCACCGACAGCUUCGGCCGCUACCGGCGUGCGGCCAGCUCCGCCUCCGACUCCACCGCCAACGGCAACGGGGCGGCGGGAAGCGGCGGAGACGGCGUCGCCUCCGACGAGGGCCCGGAGGAGGGGGACGAGACCUCGGAGGGCGACGAGUGGGACCGCAUGAUCAGCGACAUCAGCAACGACAUCGAAGCGCUCGGCUGUAGCAUGGACGGCGAAGGCGCUACGCCGUAAUGCCGCAUCCGGAACCGAUUGAUCGCAUGAUCACACUGAAGAUUAGUCCUCCUAUGCGGUCAAUCAAAUGCACUUACGGUGACGUGCGGUCGAUGUUUUGUUAUUUUUCUACACUUAUAGGCAGUAUCUGCCACCGCUGUCAGCAAUGUAGCGACAACUCGUUCCUCACACGUUGAUUAGGAUGAUUUUGUAUUAUUGCUGCAUUAUUUUUUGUUUCCCCUACAUGCCCCCCCCCUGCCAAUUUGCGGCCAUUUGUUUAUUUCAUUUGUCCUCUGUUACGUUGUGCUCUGAAACAUCCUCUAUUUUGAUCUUGAAUGAGACCAAUGUAAUAUCAGAAAAGUAGUUAAGUUAAUUGUAAGCCAUUUGUAACCAUUAAGCGCCGUCGUAGACAGAGGAAAAGCCCACUUCAACAAACAAUUUGCGGGCCCGAGCGUGUCCCUGGGCAAGACUCUUAACCCACCAUGCCCGCCCGUGUAUGAAUGCGGUCGGACGUUUGGCGGCAGUCGGAGGGGACGCAGGCGCGGAAUGGCAGCCGCGCUUCUGUCAGACCGCCCCCUGCGCGAGUAGUUUACGACCACCGGGUGCGGCUGUGGCGGGAAUGGUGUGUGCAAUCGUAAAGCGUAUUUGAGCGCCACGGGAAAGUGUCAUGCGCAAUUCUAAUUAUUUAUUCAUUACUGUACUACGUCACUAUUGUGACAAGGCUUUUAACACCAUCUUGUGGCACUUCAAGGUGUUUUCGAAAGCUAAAAGGAAAAACAAACCCAAAUCGGUGACAUUUCAGCAAAUAGCAGAGAUUCCCCCAAAACUUUGCGUUGGACUACGAUUCUCAUUUGUAACUUUCAAACAAUGCGUCCCAAACUGAGGCUCCGGGGACCCAAAGUGAUUCUCAAACGGGUUUCUUAACAAAAGGGCUUUUGGAUUUUGUGUGUGUGAGUAAUCAAUAGCUGAUGUAUGAUAUGGCAAUAUUUGAUUUUUUUGGUAGCCAAUUUAGGGGGAGACAUUUUUUCCCGGAAGAAUUUGGGAAACCCUCGAGUUCAAGUGUUUUGUUGUUUCAUCGGCGUUGUAUCAAUCCCCAAUUCGUGCCUUCAAAACUGUAGCACGGACGUGCGGUGGAAUCGUUGUGCAGAUGUUUAUUAAAGAACAGAUACUUUUUGAAGCUUUUUGGAACACUGUCGUCCUUCACGCCAACUUUUGCACAUUUGGCGUUUGGGACCGGGGCUUUCAGCGCGCACCGAUCGCGAUCUCUUUCGGACGAGCCUGAAAAUUCACUCGGCGUUCCGUCGAAGCGAAGUUUCCUCGGGGCUGCCGUAACGAAAGUAGCAGAGUAGGAGCAGGUUUCUUUCUGCUCUUUUAAUGACGACAUUUGGGAAGUCGGAGAACAUCUUACCAGUUCUCUCCUGAGCCGACUCGAGCGCCUCGGACACCCCCCUCCCGUCUGCGGCCGGCUUCCCGAGCCUCGGGAAGCGUCCGCCUCCACCCCGGCUUUCCGUCGCGGGUAAGAAGGUCUCCUGGUCCGCGGGGUCAGGAGACGAUCACCGGAAGGCGACCGGACCGGAACGGACGAUGCCGUUAUCGCACGGCUUCUUCACCGCACUUUCUGGAACAUUUGAAAGUUUUUGAUGCGCUCGACGAGAGGCGGGCAGAGAGAUGGACCAAUGGACUUUUCAGCGUGCCGGACGCGGCGCUUUCCCCCAUUCCUGACCUCAGGUUCGUUAAGCUCACGUUGAAAACUCGUCUGACAAUUUCUGCACUGUUGAACGUUUUCACUCAUUUUCAACAUUUCUUGAAAUGGAAAAUCAGCAGCAAGAGAGUGAAGCCUGGUUUGGCCUUUGCCGUUUGAAUGGCGCCUUCAGACUCCGUUACUGUACUUAAGUCGAUUUUGCAGGCGUCUGCCCUUCACUUGAGUAUUUCUUUUUCUGUUGACUUCGGACUUCUACUCCUUAGUUUGAAAACACACAUCUGUACUUCCUCGUGGAGAACCGAGGCAGUUCAAAUCUGAUCGUAGUCACUUGCUUGACUUUUACUUCCCCGUCGAAGCCAAGGAAUGCGCAUGUUGUAAUAAUUAUAAUAAUAAUGAUGCUAACGAUGAUGGCUAAAAGGGUUCCCCGGCUUUUUACAAGGCCAUUUGCGCCCCCGAUCAACCAGCAGGGAGCUCAUCGCGUCUAAUGACGGAUCCGGCCUUUGCAUGAAGCCCUCACGCUGCGGUCGGGUGCGGAAGCGUAAUGCCUCUCAAUCCCCCAUUUACACACAUUAAUAUAUUUAGGAAACAGAUAUUUAUUUCACUUUUGAUUUGCUAAAGUUUACUCUCAAAUUUCCCUAUCACAAAAGUGUCACAUACAUUGCUCGCUGUAACACUCACGCAAAGAAGAGACCUGAACCGAUUGCUGGCAUUGACCAGAAUGCUCAUAUCUCCAAAACCAUCCCUUUUCAGGUACCCCAGCCUUUAAUAAGAUGAAGAGAACAUUUGGAGCGCACACACGCAGAAGCUGCUGUUUGCCACAGCUCGUGCGCUACACUCGGUAGUCUUUUCUGGUUUUUUAAUUUUCAAAUAUGUUUACAAGGUGUUUAAAAAAAAAAAAAAGUGUUUUAACGUUGAGAUGUUUUUAAAGCGUGAAACCUUUGAAACGAUAUGGUCUGUAUAUUGCGGAUUUUCAACUAUUGCAGGUUGGUGUGGAAUAUAGCUCCCAAAAUGAGUGAAUAAAUCAUGUAAA